CUUCGGAAUGAAAGGAUGUAAGGCCCGUGAGAAACCAAAACGGGCAGAUGGGAAACUGUGAGGUGAACGGGGCCUAGCUUGGUGUGAAAGAAGCUGGAGUGAAGGCGAGGACGCUAAAGAACCAGACGGGCGAGCGGAGGACAGCUGGCAGAGAAAGAAGUUGGCUACCAUGGAAUCACCAGAGGAGCCUGGAGUAUCCAUGGAUGAGAACUACUUUGUGAACUACACUUUCAAAGACCGGUCACACUCGGGUCGUGUGGCUCAGGGCAUCAUGAAACUCUGUCUGGAGGAAGAGCUCUUUGCUGAUGUCACCAUUUCAGUGGAAGGCCGGGAGUUUCAGCUCCACCGGCUUGUCCUCUCAGCUCAGAGCUGCUUCUUCCGGUCCAUGUUCACAUCUAAUCUGAAGGAGGCCCACAACCGGGUGAUUGUGCUGCAGGAUAUCAGUGAGUCUGUUUUCCAGCUUAUGGUUCAUUAUAUAUACCACGGGACUGUAAAACUUCGAUCUGAGGAGCUACAGGAAAUUUAUGAGGUGUCAGACAUGUAUCAGCUGACAUCUCUCUUUGAGGAAUGUUCUAGGUUUUUGGCCCGCACUGUACAGAUGGGGAAUUGCCUUCAGGUAAUGUGGCUGGCCGACCGGCACAGUGAUCCUGAGCUCUACACUGCUGCCAAGCACUGUGCUAAGGCCCGCCUGGCCCAGCUGCAGAGCACAGAAGAAUUUCUCCACUUGCCCCACCAUCUACUCACUGAUAUCAUUGCCGAUGGAGUUCCAUGUUCCCAGAAUCCAACAGAGGCAAUAGAAGCCUGGAUCAAUUUCAAUAAAGAAGAAAGAGAGGCUUUUGCAGAGUCACUCAGGAGUAGCUUGAAGGAAAUUGGAGAGAACGUGCACAUUUACUUGAUCGGAAAAGAGUCAUCUCGUACCCACUCAUUGGCUGUGUCCUUACACUGUGCGGAGGAUGACUCCAUCAGUGUAAGUGGCCAAAACAGCUUGUGCCACCAGAUCACUGCAGCCUGUAAGCACGGUGGAGACUUGUACGUGGUGGGAGGGUCCAUCCCACGGCGCAUGUGGAAGUGCAACAAUGCCACUGUGGACUGGGAAUGGUGUGCACCUUUGCCCCGGGACCGGCUCCAGCAUACCUUGGUCUCUGUGCCCGGAAAAGAUGCCAUAUAUUCACUGGGUGGCAAGACACUGCAGGAUACCCUCUCCAAUGCAGUUAUCUAUUAUCGGGUAGGUGAUAACAUCUGGACAGAGACAACCCAGCUAGAGGUGGCUGUGUCAGGGGCAGCUGGUGCCAACCUCAACGGGAUCAUCUACUUAUUAGGCGGGGAGGAGAAUGAUCUGGACUUCUUUACCAAACCUUCCUGCCUCAUUCAGUGCUUUGACACAGAGACAGACAAAUGCCAUAUGAAGCCCUAUGUGUUGCCUUUCGCAGGCCGCAUGCAUGCAGCUGUGCAUAAGGAUCUGGUAUUCAUUGUGGCUGAAGGGGACUCCCUGGUGUGCUACAAUCCCCUGCUAGACAGCUUUACCCGGCUUUGCCUUCCUGAGGCCUGGAGCUCUGCCCCAUCCCUCUGGAAGAUUGCCAGCUGUAAUGGGAGCAUCUAUGUUUUUCGGGACCCAUAUAAAAAGGGGGAUGCCAACACCUACAAGCUUGACCCUGCCACUUCAGCUGUAACUGUCACCAGAGGCAUUAAGGUGCUGCUUACCAAUUUGCAGUUUGUGUUGGCCUAAGGCUACAGGGGGAAGAACAGCUCAUUUUUGCCCUCCCCUUUUCCAGGGCCUGACCAUUCAAACUCAAACUUGAAGUCCCUGGGGCCCCAAUUCACAGUACUAUGUCAGUUUUUGCCAAGAGUUAGGAAGGCAGCAAGCAUCUCCGCCCUUCCUUGAACUCACAGAGGUGAUCUGUUUGGGGUUUUCUAGACUGCUGCUGCUCACCUGGCUGCUUGAACAGAGUAAGGCCAGCCUUUUCUCAGACCUUAGGCACAGCCUCUCCUCUUUACCUGAUCAUUGUUAAAUAGCAUUCCUGAUCCCAGGACAGAAGGAAAGAUACCCAAUCUUUCUUUUUUCCUACUGCCUGCAAAGUGGCUAGUUGGUAAUUUUUUCACAGACAAUUAGAUAUUAGAGUUUUCCUUCAGGCUUUGGCUGAGAGAAUGGACUAAGUUAAAGGUGUCCUUCACCAGCAAGAGUCAACUCUAGAAUUCAAGACAUUCCAUCCAUUGUUUUCUCAUCUGUCAGGAAAUGUAUAGUUUGGUUUUAUUUUUGGCUGACUUCAAGGGGUUAACCAGAAGUUAAAAGGGUUAUUUCUGAUAGCAGAAACUUUUUUCAAACUCAAACAUACAGGUCUCUCCUCUUUUAAAAGUGCCAAGCUAAGUCAAGAGCUAGGAACUGUUCAUACAAAUAAAGUUUUUUAAGAGA